AUGGACCCAUCCGUGAGACGGGAUCCGGAGCUGGAGGGUUCCGCGCAGAGCUUGCUACCGCAGCCUGCGCCUGCCGGGCCUCGUCCGCGUCUCCCUGCGCACCCCUCCGCGAGCGAGCCCGUGCACCACUUCGAGCGGGUUCAAACGCUUCCCCAUCGUCCUGCCGCGCGCCCCGCCUCGCCAGAGUAUUCGUGGGCGCCUGCUCGUGUUGCGUCGAACCGCCCGGACGGUCAGCCGCGGCACGAGCGCGGGUGCUCGCCUCUGCGGCACCCUCAACAGCCGCCCUCUCCUCGCCGCCCUUCUCCUGAGCGUCGCGAGCACUAUCAGCGCGGGGAGGGGGGUAAGCGUUCUCCUGCACGUCCUCGCUCCCCUCGCCGCCCAUCCCCUCGUGGUCAGGCAGGCCAGCGCUCACCGCGAGCGCGAUCCCCCGCGCAACGUUCUCCUCGGCGAUCUCCGGCGACGCGGGGGAGGGGGUCGCCUGGUCGUCGCUGGGAUUCGGGUCGCCGCGAGCAGUCCCCCCCGCGUCCACAUUCGGCUGGUUCCGGGGGACGGCGGGGCUGGCGGAAGGGCGGAGGGCGAGGCGGGAAUGGCAACCAGCCUGAUCCAGCCCUCGAUCAUGCUGCGGACACGUUCGUGGAGGUGGUGAGGCAGGCCCGGGCGAGUGGGGCGCCGACUCACGUCCAUAUUGAGGUGACCAACGGUCCCCCCUUCGCCGCGGACCCAGGCCAGGUUGCUCCUCUGCGUGCGCCGACGCUGCGCGAGUAUCAGGCCGCGCGCGAGGGGAGGGCUCAGUUCCGCACCCCCCGUCAGGUUCCCGGCUUCUCUGCGCCGCGCUUGGCUGUUGGCCGGACUCCUGGCUGGCCGGCGGCGUUUCCGCGCGAAGCGCAGACUGCACCUCUCCCCACUCGCGCGGGGAGAGACCCCAUGCUGACCAUGUGCCGGGUUCUGAAUCUGGCGGAGGCGUGCGAGGUGGUGGCGAACUUGCAGCUGGCGGUGUGUGGGGCCACGAGGAGCUUUCCAAGCAGUUUUGGUCCAGGGACCCGAGGAUCCUGCUUGCUCUCGCCUUCUCCCCUCCCUUCCCAUCACUCUCGCUCUCUCCCAUCCAUUCCCGUCGCUCUCGCUCUCUCCCAUCCCUUCCCGUCGCUCUCGCUCUCUCCUCUUCCUUCCCGUCGCUCUCUCUCUCUCUCGCCGCUCCUUUCCGUUGCCCUCGCCUUCUCCCCUCCCUUCUCAUCGCUCUCGCUUUCUCCCCUCCCUCCCCGUCGCUCUCUGAAACUCUCCCCUCCCUUCCCGUCGCUCUUUCUCUCGUCGCUCCCUUCCCGUCGCUCUUUCUCUCGUCGCUCCCUUCCCGUCGCUCUCUCUCUCUCGUGGCUCCCUUCCAGUUGCCCUAGAUGCACAAGUCCUCUCACACCCCCCAUCCCCCACCCCAUCGCCUUCCCGCUUGCCACAAAACGCCCUCCCGCCCCCCACCCACUUUCUCCUCCCAUCGCCUGCCUCGUCGCCUUCGCACUCGCCCUCCAACGCACUACCCGUGCCCUUCCUCUCUCCCUUCCUCUCGCCCUUCUCCCCCCCUCUCCUGUCGAGCUCGCUUUCUCUCCCCGUCUCCCGUCGAGCUCGCUUUCUCCCCCCCACUCCCGUCGAGCUCGCUUUCUCCCCCCCCUCUCCCAACAUCACCAUACUUGUCCCUAUCGCCCUCUCUCCCACCCGUAG